AGUUGCUUGCUAAAAUCGAUCUGAAUCGGGAGUGAUCAUGGAUGUUGAAGAUCCUAUGCUAGUUGAGACCAAAAAGGUCAAACAAUAUAUUGCAGCUAUUUGUGUAUCCCUUGGCGCAGUAUGUACAGGAUCAGUUUUAGCAUGGACAUCGCCAGUAAUACCACAAUUAGAAGAACAAAACAUUUUAACCGAAGCUCAAAGUGGAAUUGUAGGAUCAAUGGUACCAUUUGGUGCUUUAGUGGCAGCUCUUCCAGCAGGAUACUUAGCUGAAAAAUAUGGACGUACCAAAACCAUUUUAGGAUUAGUAAUUCCAUUUUUAAUCAACUGGGUGUUAAUCUUACUCAACAACGGACCUUUUAUGUUAUACGUCGCUCGUUUCUUCGCUGGAAUAGCAGCCGGAGCAAUGUGUGUUUGCGCUCCGAUGUAUAUUGGUGAAAUUUCCCAAGCUUCAAUAAGAGGAUCUUUAGGAUCAUUUUUCCAAAUGUUUAUUUGUGCCGGAAUUUUAAGCAGUUAUUUACUUGGAGCGUUUCUAAAUUGGUUUUGGAUGUCGUUCGUUUUAGCUUCGUUUCCGUUUAUUUUUGCCGCUUGUUUUUAUUUUAUGCCCGAAACGCCAGUCUAUUUAGUAAAACAAGGGUUAAUGGGAAGAGCCGAAGAAGUUUUGAAAUAUUUCCGAGGCGAGCAAUAUAAAAACGCCGAAAGAGAGUUAUUAGAAAUAAAUUCUUAUAUUAAGGAAUCCCAAGAAAAAACUUCCAAUUUAAGGGAUUUAUUUACUUCGAAGGCGAAUAGAAAAGCCGUUUUAUCCGGGGUUGGAAUUAUGUUCUUUCAACAGUUUAGCGGGAUAAACGCUGUUAUUUUUUACACUGGCGCUAUUUUUGGUAGCGCCUCAGAUGCGAUAUCACCCGAUUUAUCAUCGAUAAUCGUUGGAAUUGUACAACUUAUCAGCGCUUACGUAUCAGUUAUGAUAAUCGAGCGGGCCAAUCGCAAAUUUUAUUUGAAAUUGUCCUCCGUGGGCAUGGCAGUUUGUUUGAUGUCCUUGGGAUUAUACUUUCAUUUGACACAUUCGAAGGUCACAUUCGCGGGACUCGGCAUCUUACCAUUAGCCAGCAUCGUAUUUUACAUUAUCUUUUUUUCCAUGGGUUUCGGACCCGUUCCUUGGAUGAUUAUGAGCGAAUUAUUCGCACCGGAAAUUAAAGCUUUAGCUACCGGUUUAGCUGUAAUGACCAAUUGGUUAUGCGCGUUUGCGGUUACUUUAACUUUUCCCAUUUUAAACGUGCAAUUGGGAGCUCAUGUUACUUUUUAUUUGUUUUGUGCUAUAAUGAAUAUUGGAACAAUUUUUGUACAACUCGUUAUUCCUGAAACGAAGGGAAAAAGUCUUAAGGAGAUACAAGAAAUUUUAAAUAGAUAGAAAGAAAAAAGUAUAAUGAUGUUUUUUUUGUUAUCUUAUAACAUUAUAA